AUGCCAGCCAGACACAGGGACACCACCAGCUCAGGACGCAAGAACCACAGGAUGAAGGGCACAGGCGCAGGACUACCUGAACACAUCCAAACCAACAAUGCGGCGGGAGGACCAACACCUUCUCAGACACUCGUCUUCCUGACCCCAAGCCGGGCUGGGAUGAAUGGUUCUGAGCGCAGCUUGCCUCCUCGGCUCAACGGGCCUCUCCUGCGAAUCCGCUCCAACGACAACCACGACUCCCGGCGAGUUGACUCCCUCUUUUAUGGCCCCGUGGACCCUGUCCUGGUCGACCCUUCCGUCAAUCAUUAUUAA